AUGGCGGAAGCAGUUACAGUACUGGUGGCGGUGACGUCUGUACUCGCACAAAAAUCAGUCGAUGCGCUGAAGGCGAUGGUCUACCGUACCAUAGCUGCAGUGAAGAGGAUCACCGGAUCCGGGACACCAGACCAGCGCGCGGCGCGAGCGCGAGAGCGGCCGGAGGAUAAGUCGGUCAGCACUUGGGCGGUCCUUCAGGCGUAUGCUCUGAUGGCUGUAGCGGGAUUAGGCUACCUCGCGCUCACAUGGUCGACGGUAGUCCUCCUGGGUGGCUUCGUCACCUCGCUGGAGGAGAAGGAUUUUUGGUGCCUCACAGGCAUUAGCAUGGUACAGGCGGCCAGGAUAUUCAAUGACUCAGCGGACAACCUGUUCCCUGUAUUUCUGAACCUGACGGGAAAGCUUGCAAGCAAAGUUUUUGCAAACCCGGUAGAAGGUUUGGCAAAGAAGCUGUGUCAACAUCCCACGGGGCACGCUACUCUGAUCGCCGUGUGGGUACAGGUCGUCAUCUUCGUCGUCCAGAUAGCAUCCAUGCUGGCCCUAGUUCUGGUUCUAAUUGCCACGGUCCUAUAUCUGUUUGGGCCUCUCGCCUGUGUGGUGCUGUCGGUGUGGCGCCUACUGCAGCACGACACCGCAGGAGAGAAGAGCAAUGCGAACCUGGUGCCAGCGCUGGUCAUAUUCUACUGCUUGGUCAUCUGCCAAGGCGUCUUCUACUUGCUAUGGCGUUUGAUCAACGGCGCAGAGACGUGGGUCGUCGUUUCAGUCUGCGAGGAAUGCCGGCUACCAGAAGAGUGGGGCGGCAUAGCGGUUCUAGAUUACGUCCACGACACCGCAGCGAAGUGCUGGCGGGACCCUAGAUCUGGUAGGAAGUUGAUCGACUACGCCGCCGAUCUGGUGGGCUCCGAAUCGCAGGAGGACUACCUCUCUGGAGCAAGGAUACUCGACACCUUCAUCAAGCUGGGGGCCGAUGUAAGGUCGCUGCUACUCCCCUCUAGACCAAAGGUUCAGAAGCUGAUCGAUACGCUAGGGUGGAGGAGCAGCAACCGAGAGCUCAGGGAGUUGGCUGCCAGGAUCGUCGCGUACCUUGCUGGUGACAUCCAUUUGUCCCAGUUCCCUGGGGCGAUGCGCUGCAUAUCCUCCCUGCUCGAUGCCAACCAGCCCUACUGGAACAAUCAUCAUCUUCACUCACCUUCUAGCAUAUCAAAGGAUGACACUGACGUCCCUAAGGAGAUGGUGAUUUCAAUUAUCAAACGCAUAGAGAAACACAGAGCAAAAACCGUUAGAAACCAAGGUGGUGUCAUUCACCGAGAUGGCGGCAUUGGCAGCAGAGGAGAUGGCUGGAAUGAGCUGAUUCUGCAAGGCCUCACAAUUCUCGAGAGGCUCGCCUUGGAUCAACACAACUGCAGCGACAUGUGCAGCACCCCAGGUCUCCUCCCUAAGAUCAUGGCACCUCUCUACUCCAACACACUAAUCCAAGAUACAAAUGCAAGUGCAUGGGCCGAUGUAGCGAACGGAUCGCUCAAAGUGGUGCAUAGGAUCAUCCGUGCUCCGGGCACAAGCCUGGCCCAUGACGUCUCUUCAAGCAAGCAGGCAGUGAGCAACCUGGAGAACCUUCUUGAACAGGGAAAUAAAGAACUGCAAAUGCGAGCCAUAGAAAUCCUGACAGAACUGGCUUUUGAUUCGUCCACCAACCUCGGCACAGAAACAAAAGAAAAUCUAAUCAAAAAGCAGUUGGAGAUAUUCCUUACUGAUGAUGAAGGGGAAGAAGAAAAGCUUAGAGUUACGGCUGGGAAAUCACUGGCAUUACUUUCCAAGAUGAAAACCAUCUCCAAGUUUAUAAUGAUGGAACAGAACAACAUUGUUGAUCGUCUCAAUGAAAUGCUUGAUGCUAACAACAACAUCACGUACAGGACAGUAGCAUUGUUGGUCUUGGAGAAUUUGUGCACUCACAGUGUAUUGGACAAGGAUUAUGUAAAGGAGGCCUUGCUGCCAAAGGUCCUCACGGAAGUAAUGGGUGGUGGUAAACGAGACAUCUUGAAAAAUAAUUCUGCACCAGAAGAAAACCAGGCAAUUUCUGGACCUGGAAACGAUGAAGAAAAGCAACUGUUGUCCAAACACAGUGGCCAAAUUAACUCACCUGAUGAGGUAAAUGAGGAGCGAAAUGCUCAAAUGGAAUUUAGAGAAGCAUUGUUAUCGCUUACUUUGGUGCUGUAUGACCAACUAUUGAGCGCGGACGACUUCGAUGAUGUGGCUCGAAAGGUUCCGCUCGGAGAAGGUGAAUUUGUGUCGAAGCUCAAGACUAUAGUAGGAUUGAAUUGUGAGCCCACAGCUGACCGGCUCAGAAUCGUGAAGCUUUGCGGCCAGCUUGUGGUAUUAGUGUUGAAGCGCAGCAGCCAGGACACUACUCUGCAGUUCAAGGAAUGUGUGCAGUCGUUGUCUAGGGCUUCAGGGAUCAUGUCUAACCUUGAAAGUUGCAUGCUCUUCGCAGGGACUGAUUGCGGUAUGAAGACGACCGCUAGGCCUCUCCUCUCCAACCUUGCGGAGGAAGCACUCAAGUUGGUUGGUAACUAGAAUGUAAAUGUAGCCUCUACCCUUGUUAUGUCAUGUGUAUCAGGAACACACAAUCAUGUUUCUA